AUGGUUCUCUCUCGCUCGCUCACAUCCUUUCUGCGCGCCUCAAGGCAUAUUGCGACGCCAGCUCGAGGUGCUAACCCCGUCAACAGAGUCUUUGGCCAUGAUAGAUUCGGUGCCCGAGGGUAUGCAGCAGUAUUCUCUCGAGAGAAGCCGCACGUCAAUGUUGGAACAAUUGGCCAUGUCGAUCAUGGCAAGACUACCUUAACGGCUGCUAUCACAAAGCGACAAGCAGAGCAGGGCUGGGCACAAUUUCUGGAGUAUGGAGCCAUCGAUAAAGCUCCCGAGGAACGGAAGCGUGGUAUCACUAUUUCGUCUGCGCAUGUCGAAUACGAAACAAAAACCCGGCACUAUUCCCACGUUGAUUGUCCCGGUCACGCCGAUUACAUCAAGAACAUGAUCACUGGUGCUGCUCUUAUGGAUGGUGCUGUGGUGGUGGUUGCUGCAGGCGAUGGACAAAUGCCUCAGACCCGAGAACAUCUCUUACUGGCACGUCAAGUCGGCGUCCAGAAGAUCGUCGUCUUUGUAAACAAAGUUGAUACGGUUGAAGAUCCGGAAAUGCUAGAACUUGUCGAGAUGGAAAUGCGUGAAGUCCUCACUAACUAUGGCUUCGAAGGCGAUGACACACCUAUCAUCUUCGGUUCCGCUCUGUGCGCACUCGAAGGCAAGAGACCGGAAAUUGGCGUUGAAAAGAUCGAUGAACUACUACAAGCUGUGGACACCUGGGUUCCUGAGCCAGUGCGUGACACUGAAAAGCCUUUCUUGAUGCCCAUUGAGGAAGUUUUCGGCAUUCCCGGACGAGGCACCGUAGCAUCUGGCCGUGUCCUCCGCGGAAUUCUCAAGAAGGAUACAGAAGUCGAGAUCAUCGGAGGUGGUCAUCCAAUGGUCAAGACCAAGGUCACUGAUAUCGAAACAUUCCACAAGCACUGUGAUGAAUCCAGAGCCGGUGACAACUCGGGGUUACUCCUACGUGGUAUCAAGCGCGAAGAUAUCGAGCGUGGACAAUGUGUUGUUAUCCCUGGUACCGCAAAGGCACACAAGAAAGCUCUUGUGUCCAUGUACGUGUUGACCGCUGACGAAGGUGGCCGCAAGAGUGGCUUUGGAGCGGCAUACCGACCUGUUGGAUAUAUCAAGACUGCAAGCGUGGCUAUCAACCUGGGAUGGCCUGAAGGAGAAGAUCCCGAGAGAAUCGUCAUGCCUGGUGAUAACGUUGAGAUGAUCAUGGAAGUCCACAAGAAUACAGUGAUGGAACCUGGUGAGCGGUUCAACCUCAGAGAAGGUGGGCGGACAGUUGCCACUGGUAUCAUCACGAGAAUUGUGGAAUAG